AUGAGCAGAGCCGGCGUCAUCUUUUCGUUCCUUUCCCUUCUGGCUCGUCACACCCAGCCCAAUGGGACCAUCAUUUUUGACACCAAAGCCAGCAUCCACGAGCAGCAUAAGAUCAAAUCUGGCUCCGAGAUGAAGGAAGAAGACUUCCUACACCUCAAAGCUGCGCCUGAUUCAACAAAGCUGGCCAGGAUUUGGACAAUUCUCCGGAUUUCAACCGGUACUGGCUCUGGUAUCGGUAUGCUCUGGGCUAUGUACGGGCAGCAGUGUCUGGUCCCGCAAAUGCUUCACGGGAGGAGCCAGGUGAAGAGAGCAUAUGGCAUGAAUGAAGAGCUUGUCAAUAUGUCUCUUGUCAACUUCAUUCAGGCAGUCAAGGAGAAAAAGAAGGCCAAGGAAAUUGACUCGAGGGUGUAUAGCCUGUCGGGUGAAACUGACGGGCUGCUUGAGUCAAGGGCUACUGGUCGGAUGCAUGCGAUUCUCGAAGCCAAAGCCAGAUGGCCGAUGAGCGAAAGGCUCCCACCAGAGCGAUCAUAUUCCUAUGGGCCAGUAUCCCUGAGGGGCGCGUCGGUCAUGCUCUCUGCAAAGCCGGACUAUGAAGUUUGGUAUGGGAAGAACGAAGCGGUGGCAAUGAAUGUGGUGAUCGUCGAGGCUAAGACGACUGACCUCGAGUCUGGGGUAGCGCAAACUUUAGGGCAUGGUCUUGCCACUAACGGGGUGGCUUUCCACUUCCUGAAGAUCUCGAAUGCCUCCCGAUGGUCGGAGCACAUCAUGACUCUCCGGUCAAGCGAAAUUGGGAAGCCACUUGGCAUUCUCGUUCACAUGUUUUGCCGCGCCGCUCUCAUGUCCCCUACUCACUCUAAGGAAUCACUCGAUCAAGAGGAUUCGAGAGGCUGUCAUCCGAGGAGGUUGCCUGCCCUCAGUGGCUUCCGCUACGGCCAGCUUGCACAGUACCAGCUGGUUUUUGAUAAUUUCAGCAAGGUGUAUGGAAGCUUUGGGCCCACCGCUGCUGCGUCGAGUCUUGUUCUGGCUGCCUGGCGGAAGCUAGGCACGGAGAUUUGUGCCAGGAACUUCCGCAAUCCGGACACAGCGGUGAAGAAGCAUCUUGAUGAUGCUGUGGAGAUCCUUGCCUUGCUAAAGGCAGAGAAAUCAGCGAUCCGAUCAAUCACUGAGCUCUCCAACAGCGUUCGCGAAGUCCUGGAGAAAGGUCCAGGCAGUUCCGCCUUCAAUUUGCGGUGGUAG